CGUCUCUUUGGACCCCUUGUCGCAACACGCAACUUGGAGGAGCCAGGCUCUCUCCACCAAGCUCCAGUCCAGCGCCGCUCCGCAGCGCCCUUCCUCUUUGCCCGCUCUCCUCCCCGCAGUCUGCCACAGCGUAUCUCCUCCGGUCUCCCAGCGACCUGCAGACAGCAGGCUCCGGCAACAUCUAAGCCUUUAGCCCAAGUUCCUAGCCUAUGUAUGCUUUUGGAUGUAUAUAAGUGAUGGGUUUUGUGGGAAAAUGGAGCCGUGUACAUCAACAUGGGAAACACAUAACAAGUUCUUACUACCAUAAAUGGUCUCUUUCUCCAACAUCAUUAUCUCUACCAGUUCUUGAGAGGUACAAGUUUCAAGGUACUUUGAUCCAAAGGCAUCUGCUACAUACUUUCAAGCUACCUAGCAACGGUCAUGGAAAGAAAGAUAUAAGGUUGAUUAGAUGGUCAGAUAUAUGUUUAGGUUGUAGCCAGUUGAGGUUUUAUAGCUCUGAAGGUGAUGGGAGAAAUGCACGUGAGGAUCAAUGCCCCAAUACUAUAAACGAGGGUAGCAUGAAAGAAAGAGUUGGUGAACAUGUGAGAUAUUGUGAUGCACAUGUUGAACUUGGUGAGCUAGAGCAAAAGGAAUGGCUAAACAAUGAAAAGCUAUCAAUUGAGAAUAAGAAGAAAGAGUCACCUUUUCUUUCUAGAAGAGAAAGAUUUAAAAAUGAGUUUUUAAGGCGGAUUGUCCCAUGGGAGAGUAUAGCUAUAUCAUGGGACACAUUUCCUUAUUAUGUCCCAGAACAUUGUAAGAGCCUCCUGAUGGAAUGUGCUGCCUCACAUCUAAAGCACAACAAGCUUUCUUUGGAUUACGGUUGCCAUUUAAAUGCAUCCAGUGGGAGAAUUAUGCUUCACACGGUUCCUGGUGCUGAACUUUACCGAGAAAGAAUAGUUCGAGCAGUUGCAAAGGAUUUGAAAGUUCCACUGUUAGUUCUUGAUAACAGCAUUCUAGCUUCCUAUGAUUUCACUGAAGAUUGCUCUACUGAAAGUGAGUCUGAUGAUGAUGCAGAAUCUGCUGAAGAGUAUACUUCAGAGUCUGAAGCUGAUGAUGUUACUGAUGCAGCUAAUGAGGAAUGGGAAAGCAAUGGGGAUAAGUCUGAAGCCACGGAUGAUGAGGGGGAUGCCCACACAUCUGAUGAAGUACUAAAGAAACUUGUUCCACACAAUCCUGAAAGCUUUGAGAAGCAAGUAUCGGGGGAAAGUGAAGAUUCCUUUGAGUCCACAUCAUCCGAAGCUUCUAAUCUCUCGGAAGAUGCGAAACAACCAUUUAAAAAAGAGGCAGUACAUCGUUUCCUGAAUGAGCUGAUUGGUGGGUUACUUGAAUUCCGUUUCUAAAUAGUCCCUCCAUCUUUAAAAAAUUUGCUUUUACUAUUGACAAUUUAAAUUAUAUCUUCUUUCUUUACAUAUUUUCACCAAUCACUUGUUAUAGUAAAAUAUCCAUCGCCACUUGUUCUAUGGAACUUUUGAUCUAAUUUUUAAAUAUAUAAGCUUUAUUUUU